AUGGACGCCGUCAACGCCUUCAACCAGGAGCUCUUUUCACUUAUGGAUAUGAAACCUCCCAUCUCUCGAGCCAAGAUGAUUCUCAUCACAAAAGCUGCUAUUAAAGCCAUUAAGCUUUAUAAGCAUGUAGUUCAAAUAGUAGAAAAGUUCAUCAAAAAGUGUAAACCAGAAUACAAGGUUCCAGGAUUAUAUGUAAUCGACUCAAUUGUACGACAGUCUCGUCAUCAGUUUGGAACUGAUAAAGAUGUUUUUGGGCCAAGAUUCUCUAAAAACAUAACCGCCACAUUCCAAUAUUUAUAUCUGUGUCCAUCAGAAGAUAAGAGUAAAAUAGUUCGUGUGCUGAACCUUUGGCAAAAAAACGGAGUAUUCAAAAUAGAAAUUAUCCAGCCCCUUCUGGACAUGGCCGCAGGCAACAGCAGCGCCGUGCCGGGCGCAGACAGCGUCGCCAACAACGAAGGUUCACCGCUGCCUCCAGUUAAAGUUUCUUCCGAGCCACCCCUGGUCACUGCAAACUCUGUGCCCUCCGUGCAGCAGCUGCCCAGCUCAGACGCUUUUGCUGCUGUGGCCCAGCUGUUUCAGACGACCCAAGGGCAGCAGCUUCAGCAGAUCCUUCAGACUUUUCAGCAGCCUCCAAAACCACAGUCUCCCGCCAUCGACAACGCAGUGAUGGCUCAGGUGCAGGCCAUCACCGCUCAGUUAAAGACCACCCCGGCGCCGGCGCCAGAGCAGAAGGCCACGGCGUUUGACAAGAAACUACUUGAUCGAUUUGAUUAUGACGAUGAGCCAGAAGCUGUGGAAGAAUCGAAGAAAGAAGAUGCUGCUGCCGCCGCCGCCGCCGCUGCUGCUGCUGCGGGUACCACCUCUGCUGCUGCCGCACCUGCUGCUGUCCCGGCCCCGCCCACUGCUGCCGUGCCCACCGCGUCUCCCCCACAGGCGCCCUUUGGGUAUCCUGGAGAUGGCAUGCAGCAGCCAGCGUACCCCCCACAUCAAAACAUGGACCCGUUCCAGCCUCCGAUGAUGGCAAUGCCGCAGGACCCCGUGCACCAUCAGGUCCAGGUUCCGCUUCCUCCUAAUGGACAGAUGCCGGCGUUCAGCCUUCUGCCCCCACCGGCGUUCCCCGCGCUGGCUCCGCCUGUGCUUCCUCCGACCGCCCCCGUGCAGCAGCCGUUCCCGGCCCCGUUCCCGGCCCCCAGCGAGCCCCUCACCCAGAAAGCACAUCAGGAAAUGAAAGUAGAACAGCCUUGUAUUCAAGAGGUGAAGCGGCAUAUGUCGGAUAACAGAAAGUCGAGAUCUAGGUCAGCAUCCAGGUCACCGAAGAGGAGGCGCUCCAGGUCUGGCUCUAGAUCUCGGCGGUCUCGGCAUCGACGCUCUCGAUCUCGGUCCCGGGACAGACGCCGCCACUCUCCUCGCUCUCGGUCCCAAGAAAGACGGGACCGAGAGAAAGAGAGGGAGCGCCGGCAGAAGGGCCUUCCUCCCGUCAGGUCCGAGACCGCGAGCGUUUGUAGCACUACCCUCUGGGUGGGACAGCUGGACAAAAGGACGACUCAGCAGGACGUUGCCAGUCUCCUAGAAGAGUUUGGUCCAAUUGAAUCGAUUAAUAUGAUUCCUCCCAGAGGCUGUGCCUACAUUGUCAUGGUUCAUAGGCAAGACGCCUACCGGGCCCUGCAGAAGCUGAGCCGAGGAAACUAUAAAGUGAACCAGAAGUCCAUAAAGAUUGCCUGGGCCUUAAACAAAGGCAUCAAGGCCGACUAUAAGCAGUACUGGGAUGUGGAGCUGGGUGUGACUUACGUUCCUUGGGACAAAGUCAAGCCUGAGGAGCUGGAGAGCUUUUGUGAAGGAGGCAUGUUGGACAGCGACACACUUAACCCAGAGUGGAAAGGAAUCACCAAGAAGCAUGAGAACGAAGUUGCUCAGAAUGGAGGGGCGGAGAGCUCCCAUGCAGAGCCAGUGUCGCCCGUCCCCAAGCCUUUGCCCGUGCCUGUCCCUCCCAUUCCCGUCCCCGCACCGAUCACAGUGCCUCCCCCACAGGUCCCCCCACAUCAGCCGGGGCCUCCUGUGGUCGGUGCGCUCCAGCCGCCCACUUUCACGCCGCCUCUGGGAAUUCCGCCGCCCGGCUUCGGUCCUGGCGUUCCCCCGCCGCCGCCGCCUCCACCCUUUUUACGGCCAGGAUUCAACCCCAUGCAUUUACCACCAGGUUUCCUUCCUCCUGGACCCCCACCUCCCAUAACGCCACCAGUGUCCAUUCCUCCUCCGCACACUCCGCCCAUCAGCAUCCCAAACUUGGUGUCUGGGGCUAGAGGAAACGCCGAGUCUGGUGACAGCGCGAAAAUGUAUGGCUCUGCCGCUCCGCCCGCCACGCCCGCGAGCCUGCCCACCCCUCCGGUGACCCAGCCCAUCUCACUCAUGGGUUCUCAAGGAGUGGCGCCCGGGCCUGUGAUUGGGCUGCAGGCCCCGUCCACGGGCCUUCUGGGGGCCCGCCCCGGGCUGAUCCCCCUGCAGCGCCCGCCGGGCAUGCCUCCGCCUCACCUGCAGCGCUUCCCGCUGAUGCCGCCCCGGCCCAUGCCGCCCCACAUGAUGCACCGGGGCCCGCCGCCCGGCCCCGGGGGCUUCGGCAUGCCCCCGCCCCACGCCAUGAAAGGCCCCUUCCCGCCGCACGGCCCCUUCGUGCGGCCUGGGGGCAUGCCGGGGCUCGGGGGCCCGGGGCCGGGCCCGGGGGGCCCCGAAGACAGAGACGGGAGGCAGCAGCAGCAGCAGCAGCAGCCGCCCCCCACGCAGCCCCAGCAGCCGCCGCCCGCGCAGCAGCCGCCCCCCGCGCAGCAGCAGCCGCCCUUCAGGAACGACAGCAGGCAGCAGUUCGGUUCGGGGAGAGACCAGGAGAGGUUCGGGAGGCGGUCCUUCGGCAAUAGGGUGGACAGCGAGCGGGACCGCUACGGCAGCCGCGGCGACGAGAGGGAGAACAGCGGCCGCGAGAGGCGGGAGUGGGGACGGAGGAGCCCUGAGCGGGACAGACACAGAGACGCCGAGGACAGAGGCCGGCGGGCUGGUGGGCACCGCGACCGCGAGAGAGAUUCGAGGGAUAGGGAGCCCCGCCGGGAGAAGGAGGAGGCCCGGGCCAAGGAGAAGGCCGAGGGGGCCGACAGGGCCGCCGAGCCGCCCCCGGCCCAGGCGGGGGGCACAGACCCCGCCCCGGACCUCGCCCAGGGGGCGGCCGAGCCGGCGCCCGCCCCGCCUGCCGAAGAGCGGCCCGCAGAGGCUACCUCACCCGCAGACCCGGAGAAGGACCCCGCGGCGGCCGAGGCCCGCUAG